AUGAUAAAUGUUGUGUUGCCAAAUAACCCACUUGAAGAGUUUGGAGAAGGUGCUUUUAGUAUAUCGCCCACAAUAAAAUCGGUUGUUCUUGGUGGCACAACUAAACUCCCCAAAGACACAUUUAAAAAUUGUGCAGCAAUUGAUGCAGUGAAUGGACUUGAUCGGAUUAUUUCAUUUGGUGAAAGUUGUUUUAAGGGGACUUCAAUCACUAAUUUCAUUUUUAAUGACAAUGUUGAAAUGAUCGGAUCACGAGCUUUUGCAUUAACAAAGAUAAGCAAUAUGAAACUUCCAGAGAGUCCGGUUACAGAACUUGGGAAUGCAAUUUUUGAAAAAUGUACUUCUUUGUUCCACAUAGAUUUCGGAGGUAGUACAAUUAUUCCACAAAACACGUUCUC